UUAACCUUUUCUGUACUCGCUUGUGGAGCGAACAUGAAGUACCGAUAGUUGCAAUUUUUGGAGAAGAUGGUUUGUUUUGCUUCAAUCUCUGUCUAAAAACGGACAAUUUCUCGCUUUCAACGACCGAUGUCUGACUGCGAUGGUUUACAAAAUAAGCUAGGAAUGUCCCCUUGUAGUAAAGGAAACGAUGUACCUCAAAACACGGAAGAUGAAUGGUCGGAAAACAUUGAAAAUUUUGAACAAGUACAUGAAAAUGGUGGCGAUGUAAUUGUAUCAAGUGACAGUGACGAAGAUGGCGAAAAUUUGGCUGCUCAAGGAUAUAUCUCCCUUGCCCAAAGUGAAGACGAUAUUGCAGCAAAUGAAAUUGAACAGGCUGAACAAGAGACGAGUGCAGACAGUAAUGAGGAAAAACCCGAUAUUCAAACUGAAGAUCCUGAAGAGUCCAGAACGUUUCCUAGUGGUUCAUCAACUGCCGCCUUCUCAUCUUCCUCACAGGCUCAGAUGGGUGAAGAUGAAAUAAAUUUGAUAAAAUCGGUAAUGACAAACAUUCAGCUGCCAAGCUCUGCUAUUCCUGAGUGGGCAAAGAAAGUACCAGAGGAAAAGUGGAAACAACCACUUGUUUCUGCUCUUCAACAAAGAACGAAUAAAAAGUAGAAUUAUUUAAAUACAGAUAGUUAGUCUCCAAGUCAAUGUAAUUCUCUCUAUUUCCCACUGACCCAACCUAAAGGAACACAAAUUUGCUAGUCCCUCUCUUUUUUCACAUACAACUACUCCAGGAUUCUAAUCUCAUCCAUUUUUAGAUGGUACCCACUAGUUGCCUUGGGGUGGUAUGCCCACCUAACCCCACGACCCUAUCCACAUCUUAAUACCUCCUAUUCACCCCUUUGGUUACUUUACCAUAGCAAUCCUUUGAACAUUAAUGUCCUCCACCACCCAAAGAAUUAACCUUCUUCAAUUACAUUUAUUUGUGAAAAU